CUGCAGGCCACAAGCAGCUGGGCUGUGUGGCCACCUCAGGACCAGACCCCACUGCCAACCCCCAGCAUGAAACUCAUCGUGGGCAUUGGAGGGAUAACUAAUGGCGGGAAGAGCACCCUGACCAGCAGUCUCCACAAGGUGCUGCCCAACUGCUGUGUGAUCCACCAGGAUGACUUCUUCAAGCCCCAGGACCAAAUAGCAGUUGGGGAGGACGGCUUCAAACAAUGGGACGUGCUAGAGUCCCUGGACAUGGAGGCCAUGCUCAGCACCGUGCGUGCCUGGGUGAAGGAUCCACGCAAGUUCGCGCGCGCUCAUGGCGUCAGUCUCCAGCCUGGCGCCUUGGACACCCACAUUCUCCUCCUGGAUGGCUUCCUACUGUACAGCUACAAACCCCUGGUGAACAUGUUCAGCCAUCGCUACUUCCUGACUGUUCCCUAUGAGGAAUGCAAGCGGAGGAGGAGUAAACGUAGUUACAUGGUCCCUGAUCCCCCUGGCCUCUUCGAUGGUCAUGUGUGGCCCAUGUACCAGAAGUAUAAACGGGAGAUGGAACAGGAUGGAGUGGAAGUGGUCUAUUUAGAUGGCAUGAAGUCCCGUGAGGAACUCUUCCAUCAGGUUCUGGAGGAUGUUCAAAACAGACUGCUGAACCGGUCCUAGCCAGCUGCUGGGCCCUGGGUGCGACUCCACACACCAUCCAGGGUAUGAGGAGCAAAUGGACUGGAAGCUGUGGCAGUUCCC